AUGAUAGCCACAUAUAAUUCUUAUUCAAGUUCCAUUGAAGAUGAUUUUAAAGAUUUAGAAAAAAACUUUCCUCUAUUAAAAAAACAUAAUUUGUUAUUUUUAGACCCAGCACCUGCUAAAAAUUAUGACGAUAGAAAAAAAGGUGCACAAAUAAAUAUGGUCGUUGUUCAUCACACUGAGGAACCAACACUUACGGCCACAAAAGAUGUACUAAAUUCUAGAGGAAUUUCUGUUCAUUUUGUAGUUGAUAGAGAUGGUAGUAUAACUCUAAUGGUACCGCUAGAGAAAAUGGCGUGGCACACAGGUAUUAGCUAUGCAAAAAUUUUAGAUCAGGAGUUGGAUGGACUGAACCUUUAUUCUGUGGGAAUUGAAAUUGUAAAUAGUGGGCUUGAACCUUUUUCUGAAGAACAAAUGAAAACUGUUAAAGAUCUUAUUUUAUAUCUUAUGAAGCGUUUCCAAAUAAAAAAAGACAUGAUAUUUAGCCAUUCUGAAAUAGGAACUAUAAUCUAUGACAAAGAUCUUGAUGAUUAUACUAUGCGUAAACCAGACCCGCAUAAAUUAUUUGAUUGGGAGUUUUUAGAAGAAAACGGAGUAGGUUUACAUAUAAAUAACAGAAUAAGUCCUGAUGAUGCAAAAAAGGAAAUUCAGGAGGUUUUAUACGAAUUUGGCAAUAAAAGUGAUGAUAUUUUAAAACUAAAAAAGAGGUUGAAUAACUUUUUUUACAAAAUCAGGCCAUGGAAUGAUAAAGAUGGUAAGAUUCUCUUUCCCGACAACCAAUCUUUAUACACAGACAAUUUUGACGAAAUUUUUUCAUGGGUUGUUUUACAAUUUUCGAUGCAUCACUUGCCAAAAGAGAUAAGAGAAAAUUUGAUGUUAAAGUUAGAGCAAGGAGAUAUACUUCCUGAUUUUUUACGUGACUAUGGAAACGAAAUUUCUAAUCAGUUUUACACUUUCAAAAUUGAAGUACUAAAUACUGUGAAAUCAUCUUUAAGUAAGAAAGAUUAUGAAAGCCUAGUAUUGUAUUUGAAAAAAUAUAAUAAUGGUGUUUCGUAUGACGCAUUUUAUACACUCAUGUAUAAGAUGAAACUGUACUAUAACUGCUAUUUGCGGUAUAAAACAAAUACUGGACUUUAUCAAUCGUUCAAGAAUAGUGUUUUGUUGACGUUUGAUAAUCUACGAAAAAAAAUACUGUCAUUGAAAUCUUUACCUACUGGUAAAGCUGCCGAAAUUUCAAAUAUGAUGGAAGGAUUUGAAUCUAGGCUUUUAUUAAAUUUCUCAGAUUUUGAAUCUGAAUGGUUUCAAGAAUUUAAGUGUAAAUGGGCUCAAGAAUUUAUUCCUAAUUUAGAAAAGCAAAUGACCUGGACUAGGCUACAUGAAAACAUUUUAGAAUAUUUGGAAGUAGAAAAGGAAAAUAUUUUUUAA